AUGCUGCUGGUGCUGGUGGUGCUCAUCCCCGUGCUGGUGAGCUCGGGCGGCCCUGACGGCCACUAUGAGAUGCUCGGAACCUGCCGCAUGGUGUGCGACCCCUACCCCGGGCGGGGCCCCGGCGCCCGCGCGCGGCCCGACGGCGGAGACGCCCUGAGCGAACAGAGCGGCGCGCCCCCGCCCUCCACGCUGGUGCAGGGCCCCCAGGGGAAGCCGGGCCGCACCGGCAAGCCUGGACCGCCCGGGCCUCCCGGAGACCCGGGUCCUCCGGGCCCCGUAGGGCCGCCCGGGGAGAAGGGUGAGCCGGGCAAGACCGGCCCUCCCGGGCUGCCGGGCGCGGGGGGCAGCGGCGCCAUCAGCACCGCCACCUACACCACGGUGCCGCGCGUGGCCUUCUACGCCGGCCUCAAGAACCCUCACGAGGGUUACGAGGUGCUCAAGUUCGACGACGUGGUCACCAACCUAGGCAACAACUACGAUGCGACCAGCGGCAAGUUUACGUGCAACAUCCCCGGCACCUACUUUUUCACCUACCACGUCCUCAUGCGCGGCGGCGACGGCACCAGUAUGUGGGCUGACCUCUGCAAGAACGGCCAGGUGCGGGCCAGUGCCAUUGCCCAGGACGCAGACCAGAACUAUGACUACGCCAGCAACAGCGUGAUCCUGCACCUGGACGCGGGCGAUGAGGUCUUCAUCAAACUCGACGGGGGCAAAGCGCAUGGCGGCAACAGCAACAAAUACAGCACGUUCUCCGGCUUCAUCAUCUACUCUGAUUAAGCUCCCCGCGUCCCUGAUUACCCGCCGGGCUCCUUGUCCUGCUGGGCGAUGGAUGACCCGUCCCCCGCCCACCUCUUUGCUGCCCAACCCGGCUGUGCGCCCCGUCCUGGCUGCAGCCCGCUCUGUAUAUUUGUACAAUAGGACUGUUGAUUGCCCACGCUUCCCGCCAGCCCGCCCCAGCCUGGGGACCGGUCUGGUCCCGCAGAGUCGCUUCCUGAGUUCAGAUGCGCUGCCCUCCUGCUCGGCUCUGGCUCCGAGGGUGGUGCCACCUGGGGAAGGGGUGGGAUGGGGACUGGAUAGCUUCCCAGCACCCUUUAAAGCCCUACCCCCAGUCGCUCCCCAUCUGACCAAAGCUAUAAUAAAAA